UUGAAACUAGGAGGACCAGACAGUCUAUAUCUGGUAAGAAUUGGAAGUAAUAAAGAGCGAGGGACCAUUAAACCCGAAAGACACCACGCUGGGACUUGAUGUGGAUUCACUGACAGAACGCAAGAGAACUUGUCAGGCAACAUGGAGAGAAAUACAGCUUUCCCCCUGUUCGCUGGCAAUCACAGCCACGCCAACAGCACUUGCUCCCGUGACAAUGUUUUGAAGAAUGUGGUUUUUCCCAUUCUCUACUCCUUUCUUUUCCUGGUGGGAAUGUCACUCAAUGGUCUGGCAGUGUGGAUAUUUCUUCGCAUCCCCUCGCAGUCUCACUUCAUCAUAUACCUGAAGAAUAUUGUGGUUGCAGAUGUCAUCAUGACCUUCACAUUCCCUUUCAAGGUGUUGUCAGACUCCAACAUGGCGUCCAUUGGCCUACGGAUAUUUGUGUGUCGAGUUUCCUCCGUGCUUUUCUACCUCAGCAUGUAUAUCAGCAUCCUCUUCUUUGGCCUGAUCAGCAUUGAUCGCUGCAGAAAGACCCUUAACCCAUUUAAGGGCACUAAUUCAACUCGGCUGAAACAUCGAAAACUCCUUUCGGGGGCCAUCUGGACUUUCUUCGUAAUUCUCUGUCUUCCCAAUGUAAUUCUAACAAGUAAAACCCCGACUUCUCGAUAUUUCCAGUGCAGCAAACUGAAGACAGAGGGGGGGCUACGUUGGCAUGAGAUAGUAAAUCAUGUCUGUCAAGUGAUUUUCUGGGGCAACCUGUUAACUGUGAUAGUUUGCUACACUCUAAUCACCAAAGAGCUGUACCGUUCCUACUCUCGCACAAAGUCUCACAGCACCAGAGGCUCGAUAUCUCAAGCAAGUCGGGGAACAGUUAGAAAGCCUCACAAGGCCAAAAGAAAAAUGAAUGCAAAUGUGUUCCUGGUUCUGGCAGUGUUCUUUGUGUGCUUUGUGCCAUUUCACUUUGCCCGAGUGCCAUACACAAUAAGCCAGACCCGAGCCAAAAGCUUUGACUGCAAACUCAAGCUCUUCUUCUUUCAGCUGAAGGAAAGUACACUUUUCCUCUCAUCCCUGAAUUCUGUCCUGGAUCCUCUCAUCUACUUCUUUCUCUGUAAGUCCUUCAGGACCACUCUGUUUAAUACCCUGCACCUACUUCCUGGUACUUGUAGCUGGCUAACAGGAAGAGGAUCAGAUACCGACACGUGCAGCUCCCCUCAGGGAAACUCCACUGCUAGUACAUAAAAUCACUGGACCUGAGAAAGACAUGAAGGCAUUUAUGAUGAUGUAUAGCAAAGAAGUCAACUAAAUCCAAAUUCAACUGUAUGACAUACUGCAAGGGACAGAUAUAGUGAUCUAAAGCCUGUCACUGGCUGUAGAAGAGUAAGCCACGGCCCAUAUUUGUCUUUAUUACCAACUUAUAAUAUUACAAAAAUACUAAUAGCAUUGUAAAUUACAUUAAACCAUAUAUUUGAUUUUACACUGUCUUUGAAAACAGUGUGAAUCAAAAUUACCACAAUGAGAAGCUGAAACGAAUCAACACAUGUACGCGGUGUUGCCGAUGUUUGCUUUUCUAGUCUUCUUCUCUAUCACUUUUUCUUACUUCUUCUUUCUACUUCUGUUGAAGGUGGACAUAACAUUUUGGGGAUUUUUUUUAUUCUCACACUGCCAACAAAAGAAGAAUUGAGAAGCAGUCAUAAUACUAACUUUAAGACUUCCAGAGAAUAUCUUACUGUGAAACUAUAGUAAAAAUCUGUAUAAUGAACCCUAAGUAUUAUAUGCAAUCGCCUGUUAGUAUACUGUGAUGUCUUUAUGCUGCACGGGGGUGCUUGCUGCUUGCAUUAGCACUGAGUGAGAUUUAAGGAUAAGUAAACCAUAAAGCAGGUUAUGCAGUCUUGUUAUUAUUUUUAUUCUGAAGCAUUAAAUGAAUUACAACGAAACUAAAGUUGGAAUGGACAUAUCAGGGAUCUCCAAAAACAAGCGCUGCUUUCUCUCAUAACUGCAUAGCAAAAAGAAAACAGAAACACAUUAUGAAACAACAAUAAAGGAAGUCAAGUGUCAA